ACCACAAAGGCCCUUUGUAACCAUUGGGCAACCCCAAAUCGCAGUUUCUCUUAUUGUUCCUCUCCUUUUUAAUUAUGAUAUCUUAUCAUACCAUUUCCUUUGAUCAUCACAUCAAUAAAUAUUUCUGUCCUUCCCCAAAAAAAACAUAAGAGCGUUGCAUGGACCAGAGAGCCAAACCGGGUAAAGCUUGGUCCUCAUGAACACCCGAAGUAGAAUCAUCCUCAGCCGUUCGAUCAUUGGUCACCAUGGUUCGAGUCUACGGCUACUUCUCUUUCUCGUGCUCUUCUCCGGCCAAGUUUCAGCUGAAACUCACAACGGUUCAGAUAUGUAUGGAGAAAGCUCUCGGUUCGACCCAACCAUGGCAAUACUCAUGAUCGUCCUGGUCAGCGUCUUCUUCGCUCUCGGGUUUUUCUCCAUAUACAUCCGUAGGUGUCUUGAACGAUGCAUGGGCAGCAACAACCAACACCCCCUCGACGUCGGCGGCAACUGGCUUUCCCUGAGCCGUCCACAGGCUCGUGGACUCGACGCGUCGGUCGUCGAGACAUUUCCGACGUUCCGAUACUCAACGGUGAAGACGCUCAAGAUUGGCAAAGAAGCCCUUGAGUGUCCUGUUUGCUUAAACGAGUUCGAAGACGAUGAAACGCUGCGUUUGCUUCCUAAAUGUUGCCACGUGUUCCAUCCUGGUUGUGUAGACGCUUGGCUCCGGUCUCACGCCACAUGUCCUCUCUGCCGCGCCGAUCUCGUCCCUGUACCGGGUGAAUCUGUUGUUUCUGUCCAGAUACCCGGUUUAGCUGAUAAUGCUCCCGGUUCUGAUUUAACCGGUAACCGCACUAUGGUCUUGAGUUCUCCGGAUGUGAGGCUAAUUGACUCGGUGGCGUUGACCGGUAACCAGAGUAGGCCACGUAGGUCUCUGUCUACCGGAUGGAAUUUAGCCGGUAUUUUUACCAAUUCUGACUCGCCCGGUCAACAUGCAGAGAAUCUUGACCGGUUCACGCUUAGGUUACCGGAAAACAUUCACAAUAAGCUCGUGAACCCAAGCCUUUCGAAAAGCCACGUAGAGUUACCUCAGGUGAUGAGUUCAGCUAGAGGGUACAGAGCCGGUGGACUAGAGACGGAUCGAAACUAUUUCUACUAUGAACGGUUUGAUGACCAAGAUGGCCGGUUAGACCGUAGACCAUUCUCCAUAACACCUCCGUACCGGACAUGUUCGAUCAAUACGUCUCCAUGUGGCAGUGGUGAUCAGGUGCGUUCUGCUACACCCAAGGGUGGUUUGCUUCUAGCGAUGAAAUCACCGUUUGAUCGGUUGUUUCUUGGAAAGAAUAAGAAUAUUGGUGAACGUUCAUCAAGCAUCAACAUCGGUGAGCGUUCGUCGGAUCACCUUCGCUCCGCCGAUGCUAGCCCUGUGUAGACCAAGUUGUGUAAUUGGUUAUUUGAGAAAGUUUUAACUUGUAAAUAUUU